AUGGAUGAGCUUUUCGAUGUCUUCGAGGAUAAGCCCCAAGCGGCCCAGCUCUCUGAACCCAGACGACCGAAGAAAGAGAAGAGCAAGAAGCGCCAGAUAAACGGCGAUGUGAAGGAAAACGGGGAAAAUGCAAAACCCAAGGAGAAUAUCGCUCCCGAUGUCGCGGAACAAGAAAACAAGGAAGAGAAGUCUUCAGGCUCGGAUAACAACAAUCAGCCAGAGACAAAGCGAUUGCGAUUAGAAGAAGAGCCGGAACCCGUUGUCGCAGACUUGUUCGAAACUGCGCAAGAGCGCGAGAUUGCAGGAUCUGCAGGGCUUCAAGCUGAGAAAGAAGCAGGCCCAGUGGUCUUGUCCCACCAGGUCCGGCAUCAAGUCGCCAUUCCGCCGAAGUAUCCUUACGUUCCAAUCUCUCAACACAAACCUCCGGAGAACCCCGCGAGAGUAUGGCCGUUUACGCUCGAUCCAUUCCAGCAGGUUGCUGUCUCGUCGAUUCAGAGAGGAGAAAGUGUGCUGGUAUCGGCUCAUACCAGUGCGGGAAAGACGGUGGUCGCGGAAUAUGCUAUUGCUCAGAGUUUGAAGAACAAUCAGAGGGUCAUCUAUACAAGUCCUAUCAAAGCCCUGAGUAAUCAGAAAUACCGGGAGUUUGCAGCGGAAUUUGGCGACGUUGGUCUAAUGACGGGUGAUGUGACAAUCAACCCUACUGCUACUUGCUUGGUUAUGACGACCGAGAUUCUGCGGUCUAUGUUGUAUCGCGGCUCCGAGAUCAUGCGCGAAGUCGCCUGGGUUGUCUUCGACGAGAUUCAUUACAUGCGAGAUGCUACGCGAGGUGUUGUUUGGGAAGAGACCAUUAUUCUACUUCCAGAUAAGGUUCGAUACGUAUUUCUGUCCGCAACAAUUCCCAAUGCGAUGCAGUUCGCCGAGUGGAUCACAAAAAUGCACAACCAACCCUGUCACGUUGUAUAUACUGACUUCCGGCCUACGCCGCUGCAACAUUAUUUCUUCCCCGCUGGCUCCGAAGGAAUGCAUCUAAUCGUCGACGAGAAGGGUGUUUUCCGAGAGGAGAACUUCCAGAAGGCAAUGAGCUCCAUCGCAGACAAGAAAGGUGAUGAUCCAGCGGAUGCGCUUGCCAAACGGAAAGGCAAAGGCAAAGACAAAAAACUCAACAAAGGCGGAACUCAGGAGAAAGAUGAUAUAUAUAAAAUUGUCAAGAUGAUUAUGUUGAAGAGUCUGAAUCCUGUUAUCGUCUUCAGUUUCAGCAAGCGCGAGUGUGAAUUCUACGCUCUGAAGAUGAAGAGCCUGGCCUUCAAUGACGACUCGGAAAAGGAGAUGGUAUCAAAGGUCUUCAACAGUGCAAUUGAAAUGCUAUCUGAAGAAGAUCGCAAUCUACCUCAGAUUCAAAACAUCCUGCCCCUUCUACGGAGAGGUAUUGGUGUCCAUCACUCCGGACUGCUUCCCAUCCUCAAGGAGACCAUCGAAAUUCUGUUCCAAGAAGGGCUUAUCAAGGUCCUGUUCGCCACUGAAACAUUCUCUAUCGGUCUUAACAUGCCAGCAAAGACCGUCGUCUUUACCAGCGUUCGAAAGUUCGACGGCUUCAGCCAGCGCUGGGUCACUCCAUCUGAGUUUGUGCAGAUGUCUGGCCGUGCCGGACGUAGAGGUCUCGACGACCGUGGUAUUGUUAUCAUGAUGAUAGGGGAAGAAAUGGAUCCUGCCGUGGCCAAGGAAAUUGUGCGUGGAGAACAGGACCGUCUAAAUUCCGCUUUCCAUCUGGGCUACAACAUGAUUCUGAAUCUCAUGCGUGUAGAGGGUAUAUCGCCUGAGUUCAUGCUUGAAAGGUGUUUCUAUCAAUUCCAGAACACUGCAGGCCUGGCGGGCCUUGAAAAGGAACUUGCUGAACUGGAAGAAAAAAGAGCCAACAUGACCAUUUCGGAUGAAGGAACCAUCCGCGAAUACUACGAUAUUCGGACGCAGAUUGACCAAUUCAACGAUGAUGUACGGGCGGUCAUCAGCCAUCCUGAGUACUCUGUGCCCUUCCUUACGCCUGGGCGCCUGUUGCACAUCAAAUACAAAGACUUCGACUUUGGAUGGGGGGUAGUUGUUAACAUCAAGAAACGCAAACCCCAGAAGAACUCAGAGGAGCUGACCGGUCAUGCCAGUUACAUUGUUGAUGUUCUUUUGAGGGUUGCUGAUGGGUCAUCUUCUGGUACAAAGACUUUCGAAGACCUGCCACAGGGUGUCCGUCCACCGAAAGAGGGCGAGAAAUCGCAAAUGGAAGUUGUUCCACUCCUUCUUAAUUGCAUCCAAGCUAUCUCCCACGUGCGGAUGAUUGUGCCCAAGGAUUUGCAAUCCAAGGAUUCGCGGACGGAUAUGGGAAAGAAGGUAGAGCAAAUCAAGAAGCGAUUCCCUGAUGGUAUUGCAGUCCUCGACCCCAUUGAAGACAUGGGCAUCAAGGAUGACGAAUUCAAAAAGACUUUGAGGAAAAUUGAAGUUCUCGAGUCGCGCUUGGUUACGAACCCUUUGCACAAUUCGCCGCGCCUAGAGGAGCUUUAUGAACAAUACGCAGAGAAAUUGGAUUUAGGGAAUAAGAUCAAAGCGACCAAGAAGAAGAUAUCUGAGGGCAUGGCGAUCCAACAGUUGGACGAACUGAAAUGCCGAAAACGCGUCCUCCGUCGCUUCGGUUUCAUCAAUGAGGCCGAAGUUGUGCAGUUGAAGGCACGCGUGGCGUGUGAAAUUAGCACUGGGGACGAGUUAAUGCUCAGCGAGCUCCUCUUCAACGGUUUCUUCAAUAAACUGACUCCAGAACAAGCAGCGGCCGUUCUGAGUGUCUUCGUAUUCGAAGAAAAGACAAAAGAAACACCGCCGCUGUCAAAAGAAGAGCUCGCAAAGCCGCUUAAAGAGAUACAAGCACAAGCACGGAUUAUUGCUAAAGUCGCGCAAGAGUCGAAGCUGGCUGUCAGCGAGGAAGACUACGUCCAAAGUUUCCAUUGGGAACUAAUGGAGGUGAUCUACGAAUGGGCCAACGGGAAGUCAUUUGCUGAUAUUUGUGGUAUGACAGAUGUCUAUGAAGGCAGCUUGAUCCGUGUCUUCCGUCGCUUGGAAGAAUGUCUACGGCAAAUGGCUCAGGCAGCGAAGGUUAUGGGAAGCGAAGAGCUUGAAAGCAAAUUUGAGACCGCAUUGACAAAGGUUCGCAGGGACAUUGUCGCUGCGCAGUCUUUGUAUCUGUAG